AUGAUCUCUUAUCUCCCUAGAAGAGAACGGGCUUCUAGUGAUAGAGCUCAGGCUCAGACCCAGGUUCACGCAACGUCGGUUCCACAACGACCGGGUCUGCAGAGCAGAACUUUCUCCGCGCCGGCGGGGGGUCUCUACAAAAUUGAUACGUCCCAAACGGCCGCGAUGGAUGUCGGCAGUAAGGUGAGGACCACGGUGAUCGAAGAAGAAGCGAUCUUGUCCUCGCCGGGGAGGAAUGGGGUGUCAUCUCCACGGGUCGGUGAUGAGCCACUCCAGAAGCCGACCUUCCCUCACGUUACCAUUGCCGUAGUCGGUCGAGACCAUGCCGGUAAAACAACCUUCAUCCAAAGCGCCCUUGAUAUGAAAUAUCCCCUUUCCUCUCGAGCCACGACCAAGAAAAUGUCACUGGACGGGACUGUGUAUCUCGUUCGCUUGCUGGAGAUAGGCGCGAAGGAGAUCUCUGUCGAGGAAAAUGGCGUCGUGAACUGGCCCCGGUUGGGCAAUGAAUCAGCUCCCACCAUCGAUGGAGCUCUGGUUAUCCACGACGUGACUGAACCUGCGGGCCUCCCCGAUCUAAAUGGGAUUUUAGACGCCUUAACGACAUCCUCAUUUCCGUUUGUAUUGGUUGCUAGUAAAUGUGACAUUCAAAGCCCGGAUGGGCCUUCCGAGCCGGUGUUGGAUAAUUAUGAGAUCCACAGGACUUCGCCUGAAUCGCCGCGAUCGCAAAAGAUGUGUAUUGCCCUGGUUUUGCGGUCUGUGAUUAGCAAUAAAUAUGACCUCAUUGACUAUUCCACCAACCCCUCCCAGGACUGGCAUCAUUCUCGUGCCAACUCGGAGAAUCCUUCAACUGUGUUUUCUGGAGCCGCGGGCGGCCCAAUCACUAGUCCCUUCGAUUCAGGAGUCGAUGGAUACGGGGUAGACCGUCCGCCCGCCGACCAGACAAUCUCGCCGAUCCUGGCGUCGAAUGUGCAGCCCUCACGAUAUGCCCGGAGCAAUUCGCAUCCGGUGCGACCGCAGACCCCACCUUCCGGGGCUCGACUGAACCCGCGCAGACCGUCGAUCGCAGGUGAGUCGUCGCCGAGCAAAGAUCGCAAUCGGCAACAUCGUCUGCAUACCGCUUGGCGAAAUAGUGGCGGAUCCGAUGCUUUUGACAACUUUCUCGAUAUGGAAGAGGACGUGGAUGGGCGUCGGAGCGCGCCAUCAAGCCCGGGAAGCAAGGACAAGCCUCCUAGCGAGGGGUCUUCGAAUGAGAUCGGUUGCACGUUCGACGAGCUUGUGGAUCGCCUUGUUGCGCAGCCCAUGUCGAAACAGGACUCCAAAUUUGCAUCCACCUUUCUCUGCCUCUAUCGCAAGUUUGCUGCACCGUCCACCCUGCUGAAUGCACUAAUCAAUCGAUUCGAACGGAACGAGAAGCACAUCGACGACCAGCUGACACGUAUUGCCGAUCAGUUGAGACUACUCAAUGUCAUGGCCGUGUGGGUGUCGGAAUACCCAGGCGACCUUGUUUAUCCCAAGACCCGAAAGCAUAUCACCGAUUUCGUAGCCACAUUAGAAAAGAGCCAUUUCUACAUGUUCGCCGCCAAGGAAGUUGGGUCCUAUCUCGAAGUUAAUGCGGAGGAUGACGAUGUGGGAUGGCCUUUCAGAGACGGCGAUGUGGAGGGAUUCGAUGGGCAAGAAACCGUCCUCAACAACUCCAGUCGCAAUUCGCCGUCCAUGUUCCUGGGUGGGCCGUGGAAUGGCGACGACGAAGAGGACGAAGAAGAAGAGGAGGAUCCUAUAUACAACAUGAGCGCGUUGGACCUCAGUGAGGGCGCGCCAGACCCAUCCACCCGGUUACCGGGGAGCUCAUCGACGGUAGAUAAGCCGGGUACAAUUUCCAGCCAAUCGUUCACAUUUUUGAACCUGGACUCUGCACAGCGAGAAGCACAGAACUUGGAGCUUACCGCCCGCGUCCCGCUCACUAAGGUCCAAUGGCGACAGGUAAUGGAGAUCCCGGACGAAGACUUCGCGAGAGAGUUGACGCGGAUUGACUGGAUCAUGUUCAACUCAUUCCGACCGCGGGAUCUCGUGCGUCAUCAAUUCAAUCACCUGGCUUUUUUCGUCGCCAGUUUCAUUCUCUUCCGAGAUAAGCCGAAGCACCGGGCCAAGGCGAUGGAGAAGUUCAUGAACAUAGCACUGAAACUACGACGACUCAACAACUACAACUCCCUCGGGGCGGUGAUUGCCGGGAUCAACGGCACCCCGGUACAUCGACUGGCGCAGACACGUGAGCUGGUUCCCGUCCAAACGCAGAAGGAUUUCAUGAGGCUGGUCAUCCUCAUGAGCACGCAAAAGAGCCACUUCGCGUACCGACUGGCAUGGGACAACUCGUUCUCGGAGCGAAUCCCGUUCCUACCUCUCCACCGACGGGAUCUGGUCUCAGCUGAAGAAGGCAACCGAACCUUUGUGGGAGACAGCAAGACUCGCAUCAACUGGCGGAAGUUCGAAGUGAUGGGGGAGGUUAUUCUGGGGAUCCAGCGCAGCCAGACGACCCCGUACUCGCACAUGCACCGCUACGAGGAGGCCGCGCGUUUGAUCCUCGAUAUUAAGCUGACCGGAGACGACGAGGACUUAUAUGCGCGCAGCACGCACGUUGAGCCCUCCGCGGGCGGUGAUACCGGACGGAAGAAAUUUGGCUGGCUACGGUCGUAA